UUUUGGUUUUGAACACUACUGUGGCACAAAGACAACGCUGAAAAUGUCUCCGAACAUGACAUGUGAAGCUCUCCACUCUUUUUCUCCAAGGCUAUCUCUUGCCAAAAGAAAAGAGGCUCUUGAACUGAGAAAGACUAUGAAACCGCUCAUGGAGAAAAGAAGACGCGCCCGUAUUAACGACAGCCUGAACCGCUUAAAAAACCUAAUCCUUCCCCUUACAGGCAGAGAUCACUCUCGCUUCUCCAAGCUUGAGAAAGCAGACGUCCUGGAAAUGACCGUGCGGUUCCUCAGUGACAUUAAACCCAACACUAACAGUUCUGUAGACAGUUACCGGGAAGGUUAUAAGACUUGCCUCAAACGCGUGUCUGGUCUGCUUCCCCAAACCAGCUUGGCUCAAGACACACACCAGCGCGUCAACGACUUUGUCCAGCAGUCCAUGUCCGCCACUGUCACCCCAACCUGCCUGAACUGCUGCGCUCAGAGCUCAAUGACUUUGCCUCAGAUUCACCAGAGACUCCUGAGCAUCAAAUCAAGCUUCAACUCCAGGCUGGAGAGCCAACAACGCAGUAGCGCAGUGGCCCCCAGCCAAGAGCAGUCAGACCCGCAGACUGCAAUGUGGAGACCUUGGUAGAUUUCUUAAGUGGUCUUCCAAUAGCUGUAAAAAAAAAAGACGGUGAUGUGUUUAAUGUUAGGAAACAUGUUGAGAUAACAUCACUUGUAAAUACGCACAGUGAUUUGUCGUUUUGUAUCAUUAUACAAAACGACAAAUAAUUAUACAUAAUUAUUAUAAUUAUAUACUCAUUUUGCGCGCGAGUCUAUUGUCCCGUAUAAGUGACAAGUGUAGACAGUCGUGUAUAUAUGAAUUUUUUAAAAUCUGCAUGUAUGAUACGUUAAAUAUUUAGUCCUCUUGCGGAACUAAGUAAUUAAGGGCACUGAAACAGCCCUGUAAGAACCCAAAGGGUCAUUUUAUGUAUGAAUUUGCACAAUAGACUUCAGAGUCCUGAAUCUGUGCAGAUGAACUUGUAGACAUAAAAUG